GCCAACAACACGACGCGACGCUCGCGCAUCGUGAUCGCUCGCUCGCUCGGCUUACCUGCUGUGUAUCGGUGCCCUCGUCUGCUCUCGGACUGGCUGCGUCCCGACGCUUUCGCGCAUCCAUCGACACGUCGAGUGCUCUCCUUACACAGUGAAGAGGUGUUUGAAAGCGAAACGAGGCGAACGCGCGCGCGAUCCCGACCCGCCGCACCGUUGCGAAAGUUCUCCCGCACCGGGACCCAUCGGGGCCUGCCGUGGGACGCAAAGUGCCGAAGAAACCGAAAAGAAAAGGAGCCUUCGAUCCAGCCAUCGAGCGGGACAACGCUCCGCUCGUGUCGGCCGCGUUUCGCGCGUCCGUAACAGUCCUCGAUCAUCGCGAAUCGCGAGGACUCCCGCUGGACGUCCGGUUCGCCUCUCGAAGACACCACGGGGCUUAUUCGCUAAGAUGAGACCCCGACCGGAUGCGUCGCGGAGCACCCCCGUCUUGGAACUCGGCAGCAAAACACAGGAACUGGCUGGUCUGUGAGCCGUCCACGCGAUAGGAAGUACGCGCGUCGACCCUGACCAACACGCCGACGAGAUCCUUCCAUGGUGCAGAUCGAAGCGAUCGCUCGCGCGAACAAGGUGCGUGCGGCGGAGGGUGCUCGCGGUUGCUCGCGAGAUCGCUUCGAUCGCUGGGAUCGCUUGGAUCGCGGAUCCAGCCGCGCCGUUGCUCGCCUCGCCGGCCCUCGCCUCCUCGGCGCGACACAACAGUGCUGUGAUACUAGUGGACCGGAAGACGUCGCGAGAGUACUGCAACGUGUUACCGCCACUGCAGUGAACGACGCGAAAAAGUGCGCGUAACUUCGAUCGGCCUCGCGUCGGACUGCGACCCGUUGCAUUUUUGGAUUCUUACGCGGAGGGCGUCCACGCAGGGACCAACCGAGAGGGACACCUGGCAUUCCGUCGGAAGCAAAAGUAUAAGAACGCGCCGAGUGGGGAUAUUAAAACGCCAAGAAGUUUAAUCGACCGGUGAGCUAGUUCUCGACCGCAUUCAAAUUUACAACCGGGCGGGGAAGCAAGAAAUUCGACAGGAUUCCCUCUUAUCGUGUUCGAGCGGAGAAGAUAUAACGGAUGCGGGGGUCGAGGAAACGAACGAUACCUACAAUGAACGUCUGAAAUAACGACGUUAUAAAAUUAAUUGUCACCAUGAGAACGCUGCUAAUCCUAGCGAGCAUUUUCCUGGAAAUACAGCUUCAUCUCACCGGGAGUCGGGCGGAGCACCAGCGAUCUUUAGGCGCCAACAACGAAGUGGUGCCAUUAAAAGGCACCGUCGAUAAAGGUGAAGAUGUCAACAAGCUACCCGCCAUGGAAAUCCUAGCCCAGAGCAGAAGCACUGCCAAUUUACCUUGUAAGAUCAGCAACCCCGGAGCUGGAACUAUUACAUGGAUGAAAGACAGGCAGCUGCUGACCGUUGGCAUGAACACCCACUCGGUCGACCAACGAUUUGUCGUGAUCCAUUCGAGUACCGAUUGGACGCUGCAGAUACGAGCGGUCACCGUAGAAGAUGCAGGCAUCUAUGAGUGUCAGAUUACGUCGCAUCCAGUGCAACGGCAUUUCGUCCGCUUGCGGAUCACGGAGGCGUACUCGGUCAUACCUGGGGCGCCUGAUUUGCAUGUGAAGCAGGGCUCGAGUCUUCGACUGGAGUGUCAACUGAUGGCGGCCGCGGAGUCGCCGCAGUACGUCUUCUGGUAUCGUCAGGGUCGCAUGAUCAAUUACGACGAGGAGCCGGGCGUGAAAGUCGAGCUAACGAAGAACGGAUCGAUCCUGAUGGUCGACAAGACGAAACCGGUGCACGGCGGCAAUUACACCUGCGAUCCGAGCAACGCCAGGUCCUCGUACGUGGUCGUCCACGUGAUCGAAGAGGAGGAGAAACCGGCGGCGAUGCACGGUGGCGACAGAAGGAACCUUAGCCCCGCAAUUUUGGCGAGCAACUUUCUGGUGUCCCUCCUGGCGGCCGUCAGCUGGAGGAUACCGAGUUUCACCAGCCUUUACCCGACGUGAAUCACCGUCGAAGUUACUGGAGUGGCUGCCGUUAGCCGUGCCCGAGCCACCGCAGCAACCCGAUCCACCAUCUUCCGGCAGGACGACUCCGACGAUCGAGGGAUCUACGGCGCUCGUUCUUCCAGCUGUAACUCCGGUCUACCUUGCGAGGUGGUCGCUUCCUCCAGGACCGGUGAUCCCGCGAGGAACAACAGUGUGUCCGUGAGAUCUCGUUCCCGGAGUGUCUCGUACCCGUGUGCACCUGUGACAACUUGAAACGUGAACGUAACGAAUCAACCGCGCCACUCCCGCGAUCCCCUCGUGUGUACCGCAGGACUACGUGUGUGCUCCAGUGCCCGCGCCGGCAGACUAACUGUGAGCGUCCUUGAACUGUACGAGAGCUCCUUGUCCGUUCGCUUGUCCGGACUGUGGUCCACUUAAUCUCCUGAUUUCCGGAGACCGCGCGCGAUCGUGGCCGCGAUCAACGAUUGUCCUCCGUUUUGGAAUUGAUGUAGGACUCGGUGCGGUGAGGACACAUCCUUUAGACUUCGAACGAUGGAACAGAUACGAACGCGUUGAGAAGCUCGCGCCAACGGAAGUUCCUUCCCCGUUGCUGUCCCACUUUCCGCCGUGAAGGGACAGGAACUCGUUAGCGUCUUUCCGUGUCCGCGAUGGGCGAACCGUUUCCUUCGUAAUGUGCGUUAUACAUAUAUAAAUACAUAAAUAUACGUAUAUACAUACAUAUAUACAUAUAUCUAUAUUCGUUACGUACGCGGAAAGCACGUAUAUAUAUGUACACAUACAUGUAGCGUGUAAGUUGCUGCGCGAAUCUCGUCAGCGGACGAGUGGCGUGAACUCGCGACGCUGAAACGGAUUCGUUUUACUUUCUUCUCGCGUACAUCUGGCAUCGCGGACCUUGCAGGCUGAUAACUCUUUUAUUUGGAACAGAUUUCCAAGAAAAUUAACGGUGUUCAGUUUUUAAUGCGGACAGCAAAAACGGCUGUUGUCCCUGGCGUUACCGUUGAACAGAAUUCAGUAGAUCGUGGAAGAUCCGUCGCAGAUAUCGUCACUCGUCCUGGUAAAUGGAAUCAAUGUAAAUACUACAUUCUAAUUAUACAUUCAAUAAAACAUUACUCGUGAACGAUG